GUGGGUGUGGUGUGGCUGGUAUUAAUGGUCGUGAUGGUGUGGUGUGGCUGGUAUUAGUGGUCGUGGGUGUGGUGUGGCUGGUAUUAGUGGUCGUGGGUGUGGUGUGGCUGGUGUUAGUGAUCGUGGGUGUGGUGUGGCUGGUAUUGGUGGUCGUGGGUGUGGUGUGGCUGGUGUUAGUGGUCGUGGGUGUGGUGUGGCUGGUAUUAGUGGUCGUGGGUGUGGUGUGGCUGGUGUUAGUGGUCGUGGGUGUGGUGUGGCUGGUAUUAGUGGUCGUGGGUGUGGUGUGGCUGGUAUUAGUGGUCGUGGGUGUGAUGUGUCUGGUGUUAGUGGUCGUGGGUGUGGUGUGGCUGGUAUUAGUGGUCGUGGGUGUGGUGUGGCUGGUGUUAGUGGUCGUGGGUGUGGUGUGGCUGGUAUUAGUGGUCGUGGGUGUGGUGUGGCUGGUAUUGGUGGUCGUGGGUGUGGUGUGGCUGGUAUUAGUGGUCGUGGGUGUGGUGUGGCUGGUAUUAGUGGUCGUGGGUGUGGUGUGUCUGGUAUUAGUGGUCGUGGGUGUGGUGUGGCUGGUAUUAGUGGUCGUGGGUGUGGUGUGGCUGGUAUUAGUGGUCGUGGGUGUGGUGUGGCUGGUAUUAGUGGUCGUGAUGGUGUGGUGUGGCUGGUAUUAGUGGUCGUGAUGGUGUGGUGUGGCUGGUAUUAGUGGUCGUGAUGGUGUGGUGUGGCUGGUAUUAGUGGUCGUGAUGGUGUGGUGUGGCUGGUAUUAGUGGUCGUGAUGGUGUGGUGUGGCUGGUAUUAGUGGUCGUGAUGGUGUGGUGUGGCUGGUAUUAGUGGUCGUGAUGGUGUGGUGUGGCUGGUAUUAGUGGUCGUGAUGGUGUGGUGUGGCUGGUAUUAGUGGUCGUGAUGGUGUGGUGUGGCUGGUAUUAGUGGUCGCGAUGAUGUGGUGUGGCUGGUAUUAGUGGUCGUGAUGAUGUGGUGUGGCUGGUAUUAGUGGUCGUGAUGGUGUGGUGUGGCUGGUAUUAGUGGUCGUGAUGGUGUGGUGUGGCUGGUAUUAGUGGUCGUGAUGGUGUGGUGUGGCUGGUAUUAGUGGUCGUGGGUGUGGUGUGGCUGGUAUUAGUGGUCGUGGGUGUGGUGUAGCUGGUAUUAGUGGUUGUGAUGGUGUGGUGUGGCUGGUAUUAGUGGUCGUGAUGGUGUGGUGUGGCUGGUAUUAGUGGUCGUGAUGGUGUGGUGUGGCUGGUAUUAGUGGUCGUGAUGGUGUGGUGUGGCUGGUAUUAGUGGUCGUGAUGGUGUGGUGUGGCUGGUAUUAGUGGUCGUGAUGGUGUGGUGUGGCUGGUCGUCUUGGGGCGAUGUGGC